CAGAAAUCCAGCGACUGGAGCCACUUCCAACCCUGCAUCAUGCUGCGCCAGACGCUCCUCCGGUCGCGGACGCCUACGCGGGCGCUCACGACGACGCGGACGCUCCUCGCACCGUACGAAGCCGACGACGAGUACAGCUCGGAGAACAUCACCAAGGUCAAGAAGUACCAGCCGCCGGUCCGCGCGGGCAAGCGUGGCAUCGACAUUGUGCAUGACCCGCUCUACAACAAGGGCACGGGCUUCAAGGCCGUCGAGCGUGACCGCUUGGGCCUCCGCGGCCUCGUGCCGCCGCGCCGCCUCGUCAUGAAGACGCAGCUCGAGAAGCUCUACGACCUCUUCCAGCAAGAGCCGGACCCGCUUCGGAAGAGCAUCUUCCUCUCGGAGCUCCAGAACCGCAACGAGACGCUCUUCUUCCGCCUCCUCAUUGACAACAUCGAAGAGAUGGCCCCGGUGGUCUACACGCCCACGGUCGGCCAAGUGUGCCAAAAGUUUGGCUCCAUGUUCCGUCGCCCGCGUGGCAUGUACUUUAGCUCGGCCGACCGAUCGCAAUUCGCGUCCAUGAUGUACAACUGGCCGUGCGACGACGUGGAAGUCAUUGUCGUCACCGACGGCAGCCGCAUCCUUGGCCUCGGGGAUCUUGGCGUCAACGGCAUGGGGAUCCCGAUCGGGAAGCUCGCACUCUACACGGCGGCCGGCGGGAUUGACCCGAAGAAGGUGCUCCCGGUGGUUCUUGACACGGGCACCAACAACGAGUCGCUCCUCAACGACCCGUACUACAUGGGCAUGCAGCAUCGCCGCCUUGAAGGCGACGACUUUUGGAGCAUGAUCGACGAGUUCAUGCGCGCCGUGCGUCACCGCUGGCCGCGCGCGCUGGUUCAGUUUGAAGACUUUUCCAGUGACCACGCCGCCGACGUCCUCGCCGCGUACCGUCUCAAGCAGCUCUGCUUCAACGACGACAUUCAAGGCACGGGCGCGACCGUGCUGGCGGGUGCGCUCUCGGCCUGCGCCCGCGUGCAGACGCCGCUGAAAGACCAGCGCAUCGUCGUCUUGGGUGCUGGCAGCGCAGGUCUCGGUGUCUCGACGACGUUGCUGCAGGGCAUGCUGCAGGAAGGCGUCGGAGUCGAGGAGGCGCGUCGCCGCUUCUACGUCGUCGACCAGCACGGCCUCAUGACGACGGCGCGGGACGGCAUGACGUCGGGCCAGACGUUCUUCGCGCGGAGUGACCUUCCGGACAAGACGUCGCUGGUCGAGCUCAUCAAGCAAGUCAAGCCGACCAUGCUGCUCGGUCUCUCGGCGGCCAAGGGCGCCUUCACCAAGGAAGCGCUCACGGAAAUGGCCAAGCACGUCGACAUGCCGAUCGUGUUUCCGCUCUCGAACCCGACCGCAGUCGCCGAGUGCACGGCGCAGGAGGCCUACGACUGGACCAACGGCAAGUGCGUCUUUGCGAGCGGAUCGCCGAUGCCGACGGUGCGCUUCAACGGUGCCGACUACAACGUGAGCCAGUGCAACAACAUGUUUAUCUUCCCCGGUGUCGGCCUCGCAGCGGUCGUCUGCGGCGCGAGCCGCGUCACGGACCGCAUGCUCUACGCAGCCGCCCAAGCGCUUGUCGACUGCAUGUCGCCCGAAGAAAUCGCGGCCGGCCAAGUGUUUCCGAGCGUCCGGAAGAUCCGCGACGUGUCGCUUAAGGUCGCGACCGCCGUUGUUCGGUGUGCGGUUGAAGACGGCAUUGCAACCAACCCGCCGCAGAUUCGCCGUGGCGCAUCUCUUGAGGAGUUUGUCGCGUCCAAGAUGUUCUUGCCCGUCUACCGCGCGAUCGUCGAGUAG